GCACAACAUCUAUACGAAUGAUGCAUGCCAAAAACAAGAAGGACAGUUUCAACAGCUAGCAUUCUGCCUCUCUCCAUCCAUACAAUAUCUGUAUUUUCUUCCUCCUCUGCUCUGAGCAUUCAGCUGAGUGGUUGCACUGCCGGUCAGUCAGCUGCUCUCAUCUCUGAGUGCACCGGGGAUGAUGGUGUAAAUGAGUAUAAGGCUACAUGAGGACUCCGUAAGGACUGCCUGAGAGAGGGAGAGAGGUAAAGAGAAAGAGGGAGAGAAAGAGACAGCAAGAGAGGCAGUGAGGUACUCAGUGAGGACUGCCUGAGAGAGAUAGAGGGAGAGAAAGAGACAGCAAGAGAGGCAGUAAGGUACUCAGUGAGGACUGCCUGAGAGAGAUAGAGGGAAGAAGUGUGGGUGAAGCAAUAAGAAAGGCAGAAUGAUGAGUGUAAACAAUGGUGGGACGCUGACCGGCCAGGACACGGCACCCAACGGCACAGCAAGAGCAUCCUGGGAAAGAACCAACACUCUGUCUAACCCAUCCACCCCCACCAAGCAUCUCAAAUCGCCUAAGCCUCAGAAUGCCAUCACCAUUGCGGUGUCAUCGCGGGUCCUCUUCAACAUGGAUACGGAGCAGCAGAUCUACCAACAGAAAGGCAUGGAGGACUACCUCAAGUACCAGAUAGAGCACGAGACAGAGCCCUUCGGCCCCGGUCCUGCUUUUCCUUUCGUUAAGGCUCUGGAGGCAGUGAAUACUCGGCUGAGGGAGCUGUACCCUGAGAGUGAGGAGCUAUUUGACGUUGUGCUCAUGACUAAUAACCACGCACACGUCGGCCUCCGACUCAUCAACACCAUCAACCACCACCGGCUGUUCAUUGAGCGUUUCUGUAUGACGGGUGGGAACAGUCCCAUUGGGUACCUGAAGGCUUACCACACUAACCUGUACUUGUCCGCUGACCCCAUGAAGGUCCGAGAGGCCCUGGAGGAGGGGAUUGCGGCAGCCACCAUGUUUAACCCACCAGAGAAGAGAACAGAAGUUUCAGAGACUCAGCUACGGGUGGCCUUCGAUGGGGACGCAGUGCUCUUCUCUGACGAGUCAGAGCGCAUCUUUAAGGCCCAUGGACUGGACAAGUUCUUUGAGCAUGAGAAGGAACACGAGAACACGCUUCUUGACCAUGGGCCACUGAAAGGGUUCCUGGAGUCACUGGGCAAGCUGCAGAAAAAGUUUUGCGCCAAGGGCCAGCGUAUGGACUGCCCCAUCCGCACCUACCUGGUGACGGCACGCAGCGCAGCCAGCUCAGGCACCCGGGCCCUGAAGACACUGCGAUCCUGGGGCCUGGACACCGACGAGGCCCUCUUCCUUGCUGGGGCCCCUAAGGGGCCUAUGCUGGAGAAGAUCCGGCCUCACAUAUUCUUUGACGAUCAGAUGUUCCAUGUGGAGGGGGCUGCGGAGCUGGGGACUGUGGCGGCUCAUGUGCCCUAUGGUGUGGCUCAGAAACGGCCCCAGAAGAAGCCUGCUAAGGAGAAUGCUAAGACUCUAGCGCUGCCACCAAGUAGUCUGUAGCGCGCCCUCUUCCCUAUCCCUGUGACAGCGAGGGACAAUAAAACAGCAUUGUGGAUUUGAACGAGACAGUGGUACUGUCAGUCCUUUUCAGUCCCCUCUUAGUUGUCUGGGUAGUGAAGCCCAUUGUACAUGACAAUGGGAGGGGCAUAGAGUGAGAGCAUGCCUUUUUCACCCGUGCAAUGUGAUCAAAGAUUCCUCACAAGAGGAAGCACCAGUAUACCUAAAACAAAAGCUUCAAAUAUCUUCAUGCUUGCAGUAAUGUUAGUACACUAUCCUAUCUGUAUCAUAGCAUUAAAGGUCCAAUAACUAACAUCUUCAUCUAAAAAUCGACUUAAAUACAGUAUCUCACAAAAGUGAGUA